UGUAGAUUGGUUUCGUUAAUUUGAGCUAUUAUUGCUUACAAAUUUUAAUGCAAUAUCUCCUGAUAUGCAUCAUUAUCUUUGAUUUGUGCAUUUAUCUUGUAAGAUGUACUUUCUCUACACUCAGAGCAAGGCAAUACAACAAUAUAUCGUAUCGUGGUUAAAAAACAAAAUACCUAAAUCAAACGAAAACGUACUACUAAAGUUACGUCGUCCUCGUCAUUCUUGAUAACACACAUCAAGCAAUAUAAAUCCAAUAACGAAAACAAAUCAUGUCCGAUAAAUAACAACCGGAUUUGCUUUAUAAAUGGUAUAAAUUAUCUUUCAAGUUUCAAGAUACAUUUUAAUAAUGUCGGAUUCAGAAGAGGAAUCUGUUAAUGCUCGCAAUUAUGAAGAAAUCGCCAAAGAGAUUGCGCGCUGUAAAAGAAACCCUGAAACAUCUGGGAUGUUUGUUUCUGGAUGGGAUGACGCAGAUCAAGAUGUAGACAUUGUAAAAAAUCUAAAAGACAAUCCAGUUGAUCAUGUGUUAUGGGCUGCUGAAAAUGGAGAAUUAGAUGCUCUAAAAGAAAUUGUAAAAACUAGCCCCGGUCUUGUCCAUGUAAGUGACUCUGAUGGCUAUACACCACUUCAUCGUGCUGCAUAUGGAAAUCAUUUAGCAUGUGUUGCAUAUUUGUUAAGUGCUGGAGCAAAAGUAGCAGCAAGAACUGAGCUAGGAUGGACUCCACUACAUUCAGCAUGCAAUUGGAAUAAUUAUUUAACUGCUGCAAGGCUACUAGCGGCUGGGGCAGAUCCAGCUGCUGUAUCAGAUGGAGAACAAACACCAUUGCACUUAGCGUCAGCAUUAAGUCAUAGUAAAUCAACUUUAAUCAUACUAUUAUUAAGAGAAGACAUUGUAAACAUUGCUCAGAGAAAAAAUAAAUCAAAGGAAACACCUGAACAACUUGCCCAUGGUCAUGGAAUUUAUGGUCCUUUAUUUGAAAUGGCAUUGCCAGCAGUAAAUCAUAUAAAAUCAUUGUCAUUUACUUGCAAUCCAUUUGUGAGGUAAAUUAAAAUUUCUUAAAAUGUC